CUCAAACCAACCUUAUCGCACUGUCUUUUCUAUCCUCUCCCUCUCAGCCAUGGCUACCGCAUCAUCAUCACUGCUUCUAGCAUCACCUUCUCCACUCUCCAUUCAAUUCCAAUCUUCCUCCUCUCACCUUUCCUUCUCUCGCUCCCAAAAUCUUCGCUCACCAGUCACCACUUCUUCAUUGCCGUCGCUCUCAGCUUCUUCUUCUUCUUCAAUCUCAUCUCUUUCACCAACCACUCCUUCUGUGUAUUGUGGCAGAGGCGAUAGGAAAACUGCAAAGGGAAAACGGUUCAGCCAUUCGUUUGGAAAUGCAAGGCCAAGGAGCAAGAAGAAUGGUAGAGGUCCACCUAGGAUUUAUGCUCCACCGGAUCUUACCAAAAAAGAUAAGAUUGAAGAUAAGGAAGCGAUUAAGAUUGACAUUGAGGAAUGAACCCCUCUUUUUUCUGGUUGAACUUUAUGUUGCAUUGUAACUUUUUCAGUCUUUCAUAUAAUUUGUAGUUUUUGAUAUAUGGAUUUCAUUUGGCAUAUACUAUUUUGAUUUUGCUUGUUA